AUGCGCGACGGCUUCCAGAUGGUAGCACGUAUCCCAUACCCGAUCACGGUUCCCAAAUACUACGCUGUCGCUAGUGAAGCAGCCACUAUGGCCUUCCUUCGUUCCUUUGGGCUUCCUAUUCCCGAGGUGUACGGGUACUCCCCUGUGCCGGACAAUGUCGCAGGAACCGAGUACACCUUCAUGGAGUUCGUCCGAGGCACCAAAUUAAGCGACGUAUGGGCUGACCUUGGGGAUCGGGAUAUCGCUUCAGUUUUACAUCAACUUGCUGGACUCGAGUCCAAGAUGAUGUCGGUUUCUUUACCGGCUGGCGGAAGCCUGUACUACACACACGACAUGGAGAAGCGGGAUGGCAUCUCGGGCAUCCUGCUAGUAGAAAACGAGCGUUUCUGCGUCGGUCCUGAUGUAAGAUUACCUCUGUGGUUUGGCAGGAGAUCACUGAUUGACGUCAAUCGAGGACCACACCUCCACCCGAGCAAUAUCAUCGUUUCAAGGUCGCCCGACUCCAGCUGGCAAGUGACUGGCCUGCUCGACUGGCAGCAUGCCUCGAUCCUACCCAUGUUUCUCCUGGCGGGUAUACCCCAACGCCUCCAGAACUAUGGCGACCCCGUUUCGGAGUCUAUGACGCAGCCUGCGCUACCGAAGAAUCUGGACGACUUAGACGAAGCCGAGCGCCUUCCAGCGAAGGGUCUCUACCAUCGCCGCCUCGUCCACUACCACUACGUCAAGGCCACGGAGGAAUGCAGCGAGCUCCACCACAAGGCAUUAAUAAGCCAUAUGGGCGUGCUCCGCCGCCGCCUUUUCGAUCACGCCAGUAGCUUGUGGGACGGCGAGACUCUCGAGCUGAAGGUGGACUUGAUUGAAUCAGUGGAGCGCUGGGAAGCGCUUACAGGCGGAGGUGCGCAGUGUCCAAUUGUGUUCGACGCUGAGGAUGUUCGGGAGACAAAGAGGUUGGGGAAAGUACAGGAAGGAACAGACGAGACCAUGGAGGCGGUCCGGAGCAUGAUUGGAUGCGGGGAGGAGGGGUGGGUUCCCACAGAGGACUAUGAGGAGGCCAUGGCCCGCACCAAGGAGCUGAAAGAGGCUGCGUUGGCGGCAGCCACGUCAGCGGCGGAACGGGCUGAGAUCACGAAGCACUGGAUUUUCGACGACAUAGACGAAGAUAAAUACGCGUAG